AUGGAAUUUAGAGUUGCUGAACAAUAUCGUUUGGUCCAUAAAAUAGGUGGUGGUUCUUUUGGUGAAAUUUAUUCUGCUGUUGAUGUUACUGAUAAUUCAAAACGUGCUGUGAAAUUAGAAAAGAAUGAUAGAAAACCACAACAACUAGCAUUUGAACAUCGUGUUUAUUCGUUGUUUGUUGAUGAAAUAGGAUUUCCAAAGAUUUAUCAUUAUGGAACUGAAGGUGAUUAUAAUACUUUAGUGAUGCAAUUAUUAGGUCCUUCAUUAGAAGACUUAAUGAAAGCAAAACAUCAAUUAACACUUCUUUCUGUAUGUUUAAUUGCAGAACAAUUAUUAUCACGUUUUGAAGUCAUUCAUAGCAAAUCAAUAAUUCAUAGAGACGUAAAACCAAACAAUUUCUUAUUAGAUAAUAACACAAUUUAUGUGAUUGAUUUUGGAUUAGCCAAAAGAUAUCGAAGAUUUGAAACAAGACAACAUAUCCAAAUGAAAGAUGGAUAUGGUUUGGUUGGAACAGCACGAUAUGCUUCUAUUCAUGCACAUCUAGGUAUGGAACUCUCAAGAAGAGAUGAUUUGGAGAGUUUAGGUUAUCUUUUUGUUUAUUUGUUGAAAGGGAGUUUACCAUGGCAAGACUUAUCGUCUUCUCCUGAUGGUAAAUACACAGGUAUUGGUGAUAUGAAAAUGAAAAUAAUCCCAUCUGAACUUUGUAAUGGUCUUCCUCAUGAAUUUGUUGAUUAUUUGGAAUAUACUAAACAACUUCAAUUCAAUGAAAAACCUGAUUAUACUGCAUUACGUUCUAUGUUCCAUAAUUUACUUGUUACAAUCAAUCCAGAUAAAGAAGACUGGCAUAUCGAAUCAAUCUAA